AUGCAUCUCCAUUCUGACACAACGGUGGCGAGAAUGCUGGUGGGAAACAAGUGUGACCUAGAAAACAUAAGGGCAGUGAGCGUGGACGAAGGCAAAGCGUUAGCAGAAGCCCAAGGACUCUUCUUUGUGGAAACAUCGGCUCUUGAUUCGACCAACGUUAGGACAGCUUUCGAGAAGGUCAUACUUGAUAUCUACAAUAACGUGAGCCGUAGGCAACUUAACUCCGACACUUAUAAAGAUGAACUCACCGUGAAUCGGGUAAGCCUCGUUAAGGACGAUAACACUGGCUCUAUACAAAGCUCGGGGGCUGGCGAUGUUGCCGCUCCGAAAAUUCCUGGAUGUUCCAAUAAAUUGCAAAUGGUCAAGGUCGAGAAUUGGGUCGACGGAGAAAAUGGUGAAACUCUUACUGGCAUGACUGCUCAGUUUGGCGCCUUGCUUCCGUCUGAUAAAGACAAAGCUGUUAAACUGCCGGUUGUUCUUACCACUCCUUUGAACAGUUGCUCCAAUUUGACCUCAAAGCUCUCUGGUUCGAUUGCGUUAUCUGUACGUGGCGAAUGUACUUUCACAGCUAAGGCUGAAGUUGCACAGUCAGGAGGAGCUGCAGCUUUGGUGUUAAUUAACGACAAAGAAGAUCUGGAUGAGAUGGCUUGUAAUGACAAAGAUACCUCCUUAAAUGUUUCUAUACCAGUCUUGAUGAUUUCAAUCUCAUCUGGAGAUGCCUUGAAGAAAUCCAUCAUGCAAAAUCAGAAAGUGGAGCUUUUAUUGUAUGCUCCAAAAAGCCCGGUUGUGGAUUAUGCUGUGGCAUUCCUCUGGCUAAUGUCUGUUGGAACAGUUUUCACUGCCUCUGUUUGGUCACAUAUCACCGGUCCUAAGAACGAUGAGCAGUACGAUGAAUUAUCACCAAAGAAAUCUUCAAAUGAUGAUGCUUCUAAAGAUGGCAAUGAAGAGGAAACUCUUGAUAUCAGUGCUACGGGAGCUGUUAUCUUUGUCAUAUCAGCCUCCACGUUCCUCGUUUUGCUGUUCUUCUUCAUGUCAUCGUGGUUUAUCGUGAUCCUGACCAUAUUUUUCCUCAUUGGUGGUAUUCAGGGAUUGCAUAAUAUUAUCACUACGCUCAUAACAAGGAGAUGCAAUAAAUGUGGCCAGAAGAAUGUGAAAGUGCCGCUGUUUGGGAAUGUCUCGAUUCUCUCACUCCUGGUUCUGUUAUUCUGCUUUGUGGUUGCUGUAGUCUGGUUUCUGAAGCGCAAAACUUCGUAUGCAUGGGCCGGCCAAGAUAUUUUUGGUAUUUGCUUGAUGAUAAAUGUCUUGCAAGUGGCUCGGCUACCUAAUAUCAGGGUUGCACGUGGGAGCAAAGACACUGGAGAAUCUAUUCCCAUGCUCCUGAGAAUUCCACGGCUUUCUGAUCCAUGGGGUGGUUACAACAUGAUCGGUUUCGGAGACAUUCUGUUCCCAGGCCUGCUCAUAUGCUUUAUUUUCAGAUAUGACAAGGAGAAUAACAAAGGAACCUUGAGGGGAUAUUUCCCAUGGUUGAUGUUUGGCUACGGACUUGGACUAUUCUUGACAUACUUGGGAUUGUAUGUUAUGAACGGACACGGUCAACCUGCGUUGCUCUACCUCGUCCCUUGCACCCUCGGAAUCACAGUCGUACUCGGGUUGGUGAGGAGAGAACUCAGGGACUUGUGGAACUACGGGACUCAACAGCCUUCAGCUGCACAUGUAAAUCCAUCUCCACAAGUAUAA